CAGAGCUCUAAACGCCUCUCGCUUUGCAGAGCGCGAAGCGGCUGCGAUUGAUCCGGGGCUCCUCCCCAUCCUGCCUUUGAAUUAAUGGCGCAUAUCACCAUCAACCAGUAUCUGCAACAAGUGCAAGAAGCCAUYGACAGCAGAGAUGGACAAUUUUGUGCAGAAUUGGUAUCAUUUAAGCAUCCUCAUGUUGCCAAUCCUAGGCUUCAACUUCCAUCUCCAGAAGAAAAGUGUCAGCAAGUUCUGGAGCCACCAUAUGAUGAAAUGUUUGCAGCCCACCUAAGGUGCACUUAUGCUGUUGGAAACCAUGACUUUGUAGAAGCCUACAAAUGCCAAACAGUCAUUGUCCAAUCUUUCCUGCGUGCGUUUCAGGCACAUAAAGAAGARAACUGGGCUUUGCCUAUUAUGUAUGCUGUAGCUCUUGACCUUCGAAUUUUUGCUAACAAUGCAGAUCAACAGCUGGUGAAGAAGGGGAAAAGCAAAGUUGGUGACAUGUUGGAAAAAGCAGCAGAGUUGCUGAUGAGCUGUUUUCGAGUCUGUGCCAGUGACACGCGAGCAGGCAUCGAAGAUUCCAAAAAGUGGGGCAUGUUGUUUCUCGUGAAUCAGCUGUUUAAAAUUUAUUUUAAGAUCAACAAGCUUCACUUAUGUAAGCCCUUAAUUAGAGCAAUCGACAGCUCCAAUCUGAAGGAUGAGUACAGUAUGGCACAGAGGGUGACGUACAGAUACUACGUUGGACGCAAAGCGAUGUUUGACAGUGACUUUAAGCAAGCUGAAGAGUACCUGUCGUUUGCCUUCGAGCACUGUCACCGCUCAAGCCAGAAAAACAAGAGAAUGAUUUUGAUUUACCUGCUGCCUGUAAAAAUGCUGUUGGGCCAUAUGCCAACAAUUCAGCUCUUAAAAAAGUAUGACCUUAUGCAGUUUGCUGAAGUAACAAAGGCUGUGAGUGAAGGCAACCUUCUCCUGUUGAAUGAAGCUCUGACAAAGCAUGAGACCUUCUUCAUUCGAUGUGGAAUUUUCCUUAUUCUGGAAAAGCUGAAAAUCAUCACCUACAGAAAUCUCUUCAAGAAAGUAUAUUUACUACUCAAGACCCAUCAGCUGUCUCUGGAUGCCUUUCUGUUUGCCCUGAAGUUCAUGCAAGUGGAUGAUGUUGAUAUUGAUGAAGUUCAGUGCAUUUUAGCUAACCUAAUAUAUAUGGGUCAUAUUAAGGGGUAUAUAUCUCAUCAGCAUCAAAAGCUGGUGGUCAGUAAGCAAAACCCAUUCCCUCCGCUGUCCACGGUGUGUUGAGCCUUGCGUCUCCUCCAGGCAAGUGCUUCUCAGCUGCUCCGAACCACCCAGCGAACACUGUAAAUGACCUGGUCCGUGGCCAGUGCUGGAAUACCAGGAACUGUUUGUGGCUCCUUUCCCAGAACGGCCAAGGCUGCCAAGGUAGCAAAGUGCAUUGCAAUGAAACGCCSACUUUUUAACCAGGACUUCCACGGGCUUCCUAGAGCAUUUGAAGUGGCUCACCAGGAAAYGAAAGAAGAGCAUUCCACAUUCCUUCUGAAGUGUUUAAAAGCUUUAUAGAAAGUACUUUAUGUUUUUGUUUUUGCGUUUAUCUGUCUGAAAAGAGAAGUGUUAUGCUCUAGURCUAAGGAUAUUACUCCCAUCUUCUGGGUGGAAACAAUGUUUUUCUUUUUAAUUUUUUUUUCUUUUUAUUUUUCAAUAAUGGUAUUCAUGACUUGCUGAUAUUGAAUACUCUCUUCAGGCCCUCUCUAACAACUGGAGAUUUUGUGCUUGACACCAAGAGCUUUACUGUGUCAUUGAAACCUGUAAGUGUAAAUAAAUGUUGGAUGUUUAACUAGAGGUGCUCAGAARUGGCUCCUUUU